AUGUCUACGUAUUCCCGGACGCAGGAGAGCGACGCGUGGGCGCUGCUUGCUCUCAAAUCGGCACCGGCGAGCCCGACCAAGGUGCAAUGGAACCCGGAGUCCAAGGGAGCACCGAUAGCACGUCUCGAAGGACGGGAAUUCGAGUAUAUGGUGCGCCAGAGGCGCAUCACCAUCGGGCGCAACAGCAGCAAGGGUGAGGUGGACGUGAACAUGGGUCACUCCAGCUUCAUUUCGAGACGGCACCUCGAGAUAUUCUACGACCAUCCCUACUUCUUCAUGAUGUGCAACGGAAAGAACGGUGUCUUCGUGGACGGGGUCUUCCAGAGGAAGGGGGCUCCUGCUUUUCAGUUGCCAAAAACGUGCACAUUCAGAUUUCCGAGUACAAAUAUAAGACUGGUGUUCCAAUCACUAGUGGACGAGCAGGAGCAAGGUAACGUUCGUGUUCCUUCACCGCCAAAGCAGAGGGCUCCAUUACCACCACUGCGCAUCAAUAUUCCCGACACAGGGUAUAGCAGUCCGUUCCCAUCUCCAACAGGGACGAUCAGUGCAGCAAACUCGUGUCCGGCCAGUCCGCGUGCCGGUCAGGGCAGGAGAAACAUAUCGGCUGAUUUGCAAAUGGUGGCCGCAUAUGCCGCGGCCGUAGCAAAUGAUCCUCAAAACUCAGGAAUAGAGAGGCACGAGAGUGGCCAGAGUUCCAGCAGACAGAUGAGCCCGGAGCCUGGCGUGGAGUCACGCUACAGAGGUGGAAGCAGUGCAGGUCCAAAUGGCACCGCGGCUCACUACAGUCCGCCUAAGGAUGACUCGAAACCGCCAUACUCCUAUGCACAACUGAUCGUACAAGCAAUAGCAUCAGCGCCUGAUAAACAACUCACCUUAUCAGGCAUCUAUUCUUACAUCACGAAGAACUAUCCAUACUACAGAACUGCCGAUAAAGGAUGGCAGAAUUCGAUCAGGCAUAAUCUAUCUCUCAAUCGUUACUUCAUCAAAGUACCCCGCAGUCAGGAGGAACCUGGCAAAGGAUCCUUUUGGAGGAUAGACCCACAAUCGGAGGCCAAACUCAUAGAGCAAGCUUUCAGGCGGAGAAGGCAACGUGGCGUUCCGUGCUUCAGGGCUCCUUUUGGAUUAUCCUCAAGAAGCGCACCAGCAUCGCCGUCGCACGUGGGAAUCAGUGGAUUAAUGACUCCCGAGUGUCUCAGCCGGGAAGGUUCACCAGGUCCCGAAUCAUAUCCAGACAGCUCCGUGCCAUCUCCUGCGGGACAGCUAACGAGUCAGUCUGCUCCAGGUUCACCCGGUCAUCCUUACGCUCCGCCAUCAGCUCCCACUCAUAAAGGUCGUCUUAUGCAGCAGAUCACGAUUGUGACAAAUGGCGUCAGUGGCGAUAUAGCCAGAGAAGAAAAAUACUUGGUGCCUGGAAACGUAGUGGAGGAGCACUCGUUGUCCCCUGCUGGACAAUACAGUCCAGCUCCUGUUAUCGUACAAACCUCCUAUAAUUACAGUGGGAGUUUCAUUGGACCUGACGCAGGCGUUGGGGGUGGUAAGAGAGCACACGAGGAACCGGAUAGUUCGCCAGGCUCACCGGCCCCCCUUGCCAUUGUCGAGAGUCCGGAGCCGCCUGAGCAUCAGCAGCAACAACCUAAACGUCAGCGUAUCCACGACGCGGACGAUCAUUGAACUAUUCCCCUAGCUUCUUUCUAUGUAGGACUUUGUUACAUUACAUUAUCUACUGACGUCCAGGCGCACCGCACGUUCUCAAAGCUGUUUCCACUGACCAUGGCAGCCAUGAAACCAUGAAGGUAUCACUUUCAAUUACAAUUAAAAUGUAGUUGAAUCCGACUUUUCCUAGAGAUUGGACAUGUUCCAUUGGCCUUUAGAUAUCGAGGUAUAUCUACUGUCAUUUCUGAAAGAGCCGCUAUUAUAUACGAGUGAACCGCGUGCGAUAAUCGGAAAAAUUAUAUCAGACAAAAUUAAGAAAAGUUGUAUUUGGCAUCAGAUUGUUGACCUAAUACGGCGACAUUUGUAUUGGCAGACUAAUCUAAUGUAGCAUUAGACACGUCUUUGAGCUCUCAUGGAGAAAAACAGGGACUCCGUAGUCAUUCUUUUGGUAUUCUUUUUAUUUUUUUCUUCUGGAGAUUGGAAGGAGCUAUAGGAGAACGAUCGGUGCGUUUGAUUUGUACGUAGGAUCCCCCGAAAUAUAAUUACUCAUCGCAAAUGACCAAGUUGUUAUUUCAAAUCGUAACUGCAACAGCCGUUUUCACUUUUUGUUUUUUCUUCUUCCAUGGACACGCGUUACUUUAUACUGUAUCACUUCAUACACGUAUACUACAUAACACAGACAA